ACACCGUCUGUGCACAUCUCCAUCAUAGGCUGCGGUGUUUGGUGUCUGCCGACCAUACAUGUAUAUUUACAUGUAUAGCUUGCCAUACAUGACUUCUUUAUCAGGCGACAGUUAUAUGUGUCAAAUUAAAAGUCCUCUAUCCUGGGAGAACAUCUUAGAUCAAACCCAUCUCAGAUUAGGUCGUUUAUGAAACUUCCGUACAUCUUUUGUAUAUAUUUUUUUAAAAACAGAACCUAUGACAACGAACUAAAAGAACGAUAUUAUAUGUGAAUUCAAGUUAUUUGCGCUGAAGAGCUGUGUUAAGGACGCCAUAACCCCCCCCUUUUUUUUUUUUUUUUUUUUUUUUUUUUGCCCUCCCCGUCCCCGUCAACAACUCGGCUGAGCGGCGGGGGGUCAGCCGAUGCAGCCCCGGUGGUGCGUGUGGCCGAGGCCGGGUGCCUCGAUGGACGCUGCCCGCCUCUCCCCAACCCGCUGUCCCGCGUCCUGUGAGCGGACGACCGCCUGGUGUUUAAGCCGCCAAAGGGACUCCAUGUCUUUCUUGGACUGUUCCUGCGUCUCCCACGCUCAGGUCCAGCCCUUGGACAUAGAGGAGCGCUAUGAGGACAGCAGCCUUCAGUUCCUGAGCUGUGACGGCUCCAAAUUCACUUUGCAAGGACCUGUGGGGGGUCAUGACAUCACAGGGCUGUCUGCAGAGCCUGCCCACUACCAGCUGUUGUCUGAGCUGGGGACGGGCUUCAAUAAUCUGAGCCAGGUGAAAAUGGCGCGUCACAUUCCAACUGGGCAGUUAGUGGCACUCAGGCAGACCAACAUGGACGAGUGCACUGAAGAGGAGCUGCUGCAGCUCAUGAAUGAAGUUCUGCUGUCCCGGCUCCUCCGUCACCCGAACCUGCUGACCUCUCGCCUGGUCUUUAGCUCCUGCUGCCAGCUGUGGGUCUUGACACCCCUCAUGGACUAUGGAUCGGCGGACACUUUACUGCGAGCACAUUUCCCAGAUGGAAUGAGUGAAUCCCUGAUAGCUUAUCUGCUGCACGGAGUACUGAAAGCCUUGGAAUACCUACAUCGGAUGGGCUACGUUCACCGGGGAGUGAAGGCCAGUCAUAUCAUGCUGUCAGGGGAGGGGCGUGUCUACCUCUCGGGACUCUACAGUGUUUACAGCAUGAUGCGAGACGGAAAGAGGAUGAAGGCCGUCUUCGACAUGCCGCACCACAGCCCGGCGCUGCUGCCAUGGCUCAGCCCUGAACUGCUGCGGCAGGACCUGCACGGUUAUGGAGUGAAGUCGGACAUCUACAGUCUGGGGAUUGUAGCUUGUGAGCUGUUCAGCGGACGGGUGCCUUUCCAGGACAUGCCACCCACUCUGAUGCUGCUUCAGAAGCUUCGCGGCUCCCACUGUUGCCUCCUGGAUGCGGCUCCUUUCCCGCUGGGAGAGUUUGGGGGAAUGAAAGUUUUGCGGUCUGGGGUAGACUCUGGCAUCGGCGAGAGUGUGGCCACAGGGAGUCUCUCCCACAGUGCCACCGCUCCUCCUGCAGACAGACCUCAGAGUCCGGGACCCAAGAACCACUCAGCCACCCUGCACAACCUGGUCCAACUGUGCCUCCAGCAGCAGCCUGAGCGCAGACCAUCUGCAUUUGAACUAUUGAGCCACGCCUUCUUCAAGCAGGUGAAGAAACACACCAGAGAGUCCUUCCUCAGUCUCAUAUACCCAGCGGUCCCCCUUACAAGCCCUGAAGACUCACCAGCGUCUAGUCCACCCUCCCUGUCCUGUCACGUCCCACCGUCAGCCGCCUGCGACACUGCAGAGGGCGUAUGGGACUUCUCCUAAUCCCUUUUCCCCCCGUGGUCCCGUCGAUUAGCAAUCCAAACUAAAGACAAUCAAAGAAAAGCAACAAGGCCAAAUUCUACUGUGCUUUUAUCUUUUAGUUUUAUGUUAUUGAUAAACUGAGCCUUUUGAGAUUUUACAGAUUUAUAUAUAUAUACAUACAUUUACUUUUUAUAAGUUUUUCUGAUGUUUUGGGAGAAAUUGACUGAUGGAAGCCACUGUGAAAGUCCUGGAUCAAAGAAGCUGCUCUGAUCAGACAUACCAGUAAGAAUCUAAGUAAUAUCUAGUGACUAAUAAACGUGUUCUUCCUCUCACAAAAAAAGCAGCCAUAACUCAAAGGAAACGUCCGUUUUUAAACACUUUUUAACUACAUUUCGAAAUGCAGGAGUCUAAAACUUGCAGAACCCACACAAAAACUAAUCAUUCAAAAGCUUAAUUUAAGAUUUCUUGUUGAAUUUGUGUCAGAGACUCCCAUCUAUUUUCAGCAUGGAUAUUUAUAUAAAUAACUAUACUAAUGCUAAUUGAGUCCUGCUAAGAAAAAACGUGUUCCUCCACUACGUUACGUAAUAAUCGGCAUUCUGCAAGUUAGGGUCGAAGUUUGAAGUUCCCGGUCAGACUAAUGCUACGUAUAUGCCGGGUUUGUGAUGUGCGUUUAAGAACCCGCUAAAGGGGCCUUCUUGAACGCCACUUUAACAUACGCCGUUCACACUAGAAUGUCGCUACCCGAUGCUAGCGCAUGUACUCACAGUUGGAAGAGGCUUGGUGCUUCUCCUUCGUGAUACAUUUUUAAACGGUUACCACUUACGGUACUUCCAUUUGUCACUACCAAAUCCGAGUCCCUGAUUGGUCAAAGUUCAACUGGUUUAACUUUGAACGCGUGUUUUGUACAUAUAACCUAAAAAACUGACUCAAAAACAUGCGUAGGGGCGGGUAAAUGCAAGAGUUUUGAACACUGAACACUGCAUUUACAUAGACGCGGGUUUCCGAGCCUGGCGUGAACGUAGCUUGUUAUCAUUGGCUGCUUUUAGCAAAACGUUACCACCCAUCAAGUGUUUUUCCCCAAUUUACCUCAAUGAUGGAAUUCAAAAGUUUGAAUUUUUUGUGAAGUUUGAAACUGCAUAUCAAUUAUACCUAAACUGCUAGCAUUCACGUGAUGUACGUAACCAAAGGUGUUUGUGGAACCCUUGGGUGUAAUUGUUGAAUAAGCUGCACUCUUAGGUAUUUAGAUACUUGUAUCUAAAACUAAUGCUGUUUCGUUUGAAUUGAAUCCUGAGUUUAUAGCUAAUAAAACUGUAGCAGCAACAACUUUA